UGCGCGGAGCUGUGGCGCGGUGGACUCGUGGGGGUGCGGGCCAUGGCUUCGCUGCGCUGCGGCACUUUGGUCUGCGUGAUCUGCUUGGAGAAGCCAAAGUACCGCUGCCCGGCCUGCCGCGUGCCCUACUGCUCGGUGACCUGCUUCCAGAAGCACAAAGAGCAGUGCAACCCUGAAACUCGCCCUGUUGAGAAAAAAAGAAUAGCUGCAUCUGUGAAAACUACAAAUCCAGAGGAAAACAAAGAUGAUGACUCCAUAGCUGAUUUUCUUGACAGUGAUGAGGAAGAAGACAGAGUUUCUUUGCAGGACUUAAAGAAUUUAGGUAAAUCUGCAACUUUAAGAAACUUAUUGCUCAAUCCACAUCUCAGGCAGUUGAUGAUCAGCCUGGAUCAGGGGGAUAACAAAGCAAAAUUGAUGAGAGCCUGCAUGCAGGAGCCCUUGUUCGUGGAGUUUGCAGACUGCUGUUUACAAAUCGUGGAGCCGUCCCAGAAUGAGGAUUCUUAACGUGGACUGUUGUGCUCCCUGGACUUGGCCGCUGCUCCUCCCAGAAGUAUCGUGCCCUCCUUGAUGAAGGGAGGUGGCUUCCCAGAGGCGGACUGGCUGCUGUAGGACAUGGAGGUCAUCUCCUCCUACACACUGGGAGGCACGUGGUGCAGAUCAUUUAUGAAGAGACUCAUAUGGUUGCAUUAAAUAUUUUAUUUUUGGUACAGUUGAGAUAUAAAUCAUAAAUAUCACAUUUUAUACCCAUUUGAGUUAAAAAUGACCAAUAUUACUAAAAUCAAGAUAGGUUCCUGUUAUACAUUGCAUUGUCCUUGUCUUCUAAUGUUUGAAAUUACAUUAAAUAAAUCAACAACUUCUUAAAUAAAGGCUGUUCCUUUAUGGAACUAUAUGCAAAGUU